GAUCUGCCAAAUGAUAGGAUGGCCGAAUAUGAUUUCCUUCCAAAAACAAAAGCUUUAUUAUUUUCUUUGAAAUAACAUAAAAACCUGCUAUCCACAUACAAUUGACAUGGAGUCCUGACAACUGUCUUUGUGUAGGAGGUUUGAAACAUGAAAGCUGUUUUACCUGUCAAUCAUUUUGGAUCCACAGGCCUUGGGGGCGGGGUUUUGGAGAGAGAGGGUGUGGCUGAAGAUAUGAGGUGUGGUCUAACUCAGUCUGCACAACUUGACUGUCUACAGGCUCUCUCAGGGUUUCAGACUGAAACUAUUUCAGACCACUGAACUGUUGAAGAAAAUGUAUCACACAUUUACUUUUUGCAGUUUCUGCUGUUGCUGUCUGGUUGGAGUGUUUGGUGGUGAUGCAGUGAAGUCAGUGAUGGAGGGAGAAUCAGUCUCUCUAAACACUGAUACUGAAAUAAAGAAUGAUGAUGUGAUUCAGUGGAGGUGUGGAACUAACGGACCCCUAUUAGCUCAAAUCAAUCGAGAGCUUGAUGAGAUCUACAUAUCUAGCGGCACUGAGAGAUUCAGAGACAGACUGAAGUUGGAUAAUCAAACUGGAUCUCUGACCAUCAUGAACAGCAAAAUCACAGACUCUGGACUUUAUGAAGUGACCAUCAGAGGAAGCAAGACCACAUUCAAUGUUACUGUUUAUGCUCGUCUGCCUGUUCCGGUUAUUAUCAGUGAAUCCCCACAAAAUUCAUCACCAUCCUCAUCAUCAUGUAUGUUGGUGUGUUCAUCAAUGGUGAAUGUGAGUGAUGCGACUCUCUCCUGGUACAAAGGAGUCAGUGUGUUGUCCAGCAUCAGGGUGCGUGAUCUCAACAGAAGCCUCUCUUUACAUCUGGAGUGUGUGGAUGACUCCUACAGCUGUGUGCUGAACAACUCCAUCAGCAACCAGACCACACAUCUCAACAACACUGAGCUCUGUCAGCCAUGCUCAGGUUCCUUUCAUUAA